ACUUUUUAUUCUUUUUUUUUGUGUAAUAGACACAAAGCGCGUGAGCAGAACGAUGGCUUUUACAAUUGUUGAUGUACUUCCAAGAAUUUCAGAACAGAACCAAGAUAAAUGCGUUCUUAAUUGUACAUUCAACUCCACGAAGCUUUAUUGCUGCUCAAGUAGUUCGACUAUGUUUUGCAGCAGCAAAAUAUGUACACAGCACAACACGGAUGUAUUCUGGGUUAUUCUUGGUUUUGCUGUAACGUUGGCCAUUAUUGCCAGCUUGGCUGUCAUUGCUCGAUGCAGUGGUUCCUUGAGAAGGAGGUUCUGCUGUAAGCUUGGACGCGGAAAUUAUCAACCAAACUUAAUUCCUAACGUUGUCUUCAAUCAAACGAACGAAUGUAAAGAUGCAAUAGGGGGAGUGUUUAAACAAAACGACUUGCCGUAUCAAGUGGAAUAAGUCGCACACUGACAAUUCAAUAUGCAUUUUUUAAAUUAAACCUGUAAGAAUUGAAAGAAUGAAUGAAUGUAACUUUAUCCUAGUUCAAAAACACAUACUACGCCAAAGAGCAUCGAUAACAGUGUCGAGCAUCAAACUCGCUAUUAUGUAUUAUGUUACGACACAUAUGCGUCUAUUAUCACUUAGCCAUGGAGUCGAACAAAACA